AUGGCAAUAACGGCAAAAACUGUGUUCCCCUUGGAAAAGUCAGACCGUCAAAAACCCUCAUUACUUCAGAAAUGUGACGUUGCUUCUGAGCCAGUAUCAAGCAGUACAGCUACUGACCCUUCCUGUUCCUAUGUGAACAAAGAAGAUAUCACAUCUGCUGUUGUGGCAUUCCAGUAUCAGCUGGGGCAUGAAGACACCUUAACCAAACCUAAGACAGAGGAUAUGUCCCCA